AUGAGAAAACCAGGGAAGGACAUCCCUCUUUUUCCUCUUCGUAGAACUGGUCUUCAGGGGGUCUCUUGUUUUGUUUUCUUCCCUCUCCCUUCUACUCUUCUCGCCUCCUGCAACUCCAGGGUGGAGAGUUCAGAGGAGCCUGUCUAUGAGAGUCUAGAAGAAUUCCACGUCUUCGUCCUUGCCCACGUGCUCAGGAGGCCCAUUGUGGUGGUGGCAGACACCAUGCUGAGGGACUCGGGGGGAGAAGCGUUCGCCCCUAUUCCCUUUGGCGGAAUCUAUCUGCCCUUGGAGGUCCCAGCCAGCCAGUGUCACCGCUCCCCUCUGGUGCUCGCUUACGAUCAGGCCCACUUUUCUGCAUUUGUGUCCAUGGAACAGAAGGAGAAUGCCAAGGAACAAGGUGCUGAAUGCAGUGUCCGGGUCUCGGGUGUCUUCGGUCUGCGUUAUUUGCACUUGGAAAAACUGAAAUGA